UGAAAAAAAGUCAAACUUGUCUUCUUUCUCUUACAUGUGUUCUGACUAUACUAUCUUCUUCUUGCUUUUUCACCAAGUUUUUCAAUUAGAUUGCUUCUCUUUCCAAUAUAUUCGAUCAUCUUUCAUGGUUUGGCUUCUGGGGUUUUUACCUUACUUUGAUUUUCCUAAAACCCACUUUCUGUUUGAUGAAAUUUAAUACAAAUUGAGCUAUGGAAGAAUCACAUGGACAGGGUAGUUCAAAUACGCCGGCUCCUUUUCUCACAAAGACAUAUGAGAUGGUAGAUGAUCCAAUAACCAAUUCAUUGGUGUCCUGGAGUUUGAGUGGUUGUAGCUUUAUUGUGUGGAAUCCUCCUGAUUUUUCAAGAGAUUUGCUGCCCAAGUAUUUCAAGCACAACAAUUUUUCAAGCUUUGUAAGGCAGCUCAAUACGUAUGGAUUUAGGAAGAUUGAUCCUGAGGUGUGGGAGUUUGCAAAUGAGGAAUUUAUAAGAGGACAGAAACAUCUUUUAAAAAAUAUUUACCGACGCAAGCCAGUUCAUAGUCAUUCCGUGCAGAAUCAAGGGAAUUUUAGCAUUCCAUUGACUGUAACUGAAAGAAAUGAAUUUGAGAGGAAAAUUGAGAAACUGAAGAAAGAGAAGAGUUUACUACAGUUGGAGCUACAGAGGUAUGAGUGUGAAAAUCAGGGGUUUGCAUUUCAAUUACAGUCAUUAAGUGAGCGGCUAAAGUAUUUGGAACGUCGACAGAUGGAACUGAUGACUCUCUUUGCCAACCUGUUGAAAAAACCAGGAUUUGCCUUUGUUCUUAUGCAGCAGUCAGAAGUUCAUAACAAAAGGAGAAGAUUGUUGAAGCCUAAUUACUUUGGUUAUGAAUCCAAUAUGGAUAAAAACUGGAGUUUGACUGACCAGAAGGAAAACCAAGAUGCAGUUUCUGCUUCCAUUUCGAAUUUAGAACAAAUUGAAAAGUUAGAAUCGUCUGUCAAUUUUUGGGCGAGUUUUCUACUUGGGAUCAAUGGAGCUUUUAGUCAAGAUGUAUAUGAUUUUGGUGUGUUGCCAUCAGUUCCUGCAGUCAUUGUUUCAGAUGAGGGCACAUCCUCGGAAGAUCAGGAUGUGUAUGGUCAACAUUGUUCACCAAAAUCAAAUUUGUCCUCUCCCCAUUCAAUGGAAAUUCAUUCAUAUGAGGAUCAUAUGGAUGGUCGUGGCCCUACCAUAUCAUCUAUGUGUUUAAACGUUGAUGAAAAACCAAAACCUCUAGGGACUGAUGUAAUUUUGAAGCCUGCUAGUGCUUCUGAGGCUGAGGCAUUAAGCAAAGAGGUGAUAGAGUCAGCAAAUUCUUCUGUAAAAAUUGGAAUGAAUGAUAUGUUCUGGGAGCAGUUCCUCACAGACACCCCUGCAGCCUCAUUAAAUGCGCAGGAGAUCAAGUCAGAAAAUGGGGCUACUGAGGGCGGGGCCAUUGUUAGCAAGGGAGCUGAUCACAGAAAUUUCUGGUGGAACAAAAACAAAUUAGAUAACCUUACAAUACAUUUUGGGAAGCUUACUUCUGCUGGACGAACAUAGUAUGUAUUGUUUGAUACAUUCAGCAUGAUGUCUUGGUUGGUUGGUAUAUAUUGUACUUAAUUAGUGAGAAGGUGAUAGACUUGACACUUUCUGACUUGAUUGUUUUGGUGCAUCAGUUUUGUAUGUAUAUAACACUAAGUUACAGCAUCAAAGGAUUAAUUGGUGCAUGCUUCUGUUGAUAUAUUUUUCCUUGUUUAGAACUUAUAUUUUAAUUAAAAAUAGCUUUUCUUUCUUUAUC